UAGAGACUUCCAUGCUGAGCUGACACAGUUUUUUUUAAUACAAUUGAGAGGCAGAUGUUUUGAUGUCACAUGAUGCAUAAAAGGCAGAGCGCCAGUGAGAAGAACAACAGGAAUCAUGAGCGGAAAGAUUAUCUUCUUCGAGGACAGAAACUUCCAGGGCCACUCUUACGAGUGCAGCAGCGACUGCUCGGAGAUCUCGUCCCACCUGAGCCGAUGCAGCUCCUGCAGGGUGGAGACCGGCUGCUUCAUGGUGUAUGAGCAGCCUCACUACACGGGCCAGCAGUACCUGCUGACCCGGGGAGAGUACCCCGAGUACCAGAACACCAUCGGCUUCAGAGACUGCAUUCAGUCCUGCCGCCUCGUCCCCGUGCACAAGGGGCCAUUUAAGAUGAGAAUCUAUGAGAAUGCCAACUUCGAAGGUCAAAUGCACGAGCUGACGGACGACUGCGACUCCAUCCAGGACAGCUUCCACAUGUCGGACAUGCAGUCCUGUAACGUGAUGGACGGCUACUGGCUGAUGUUUGAGCAGCCCAACUACAAGGGCAGGAUGUUUUAUCUGCGGCCAGGAGAAUACAGAAACGUUAGAGAAGUCGGCAGCAAUGACAUGAAAUUCAAAUCAUUCAAACGCAUCACAGAGUCUUAAUCAUCUGGUGAUUGAUAUUCUGCAGAUUUGUUUUGUUAAUUAUAAUACAAUGUCCAAACGGGACAAAUUAGGCCUCUUGUCUUAACUCUGAAACUGUGACAUGUACAUUGUUUGCGUGUUGUUUCAGCAUGAUCUUAUAACUGAUUGUGAAUUUGUGUCUUUUAAUUAGUGAUGUGCACAAUAAAUUGACUGGUAGCAAA